AGGCUCUUGGACUCAUUGCUCAACUAUGCAGUAGAGAGGAGGAUUAGCUCAAGCUGAGCACCGAAGCAAGGAUUUGGCGUUUGGCCAUUUAUCCAUCACCUGGCGGACUGAGAGAGACACGACCAUACUCUUUGUCUCUUUUCACCUAAAUCUCCACUUCACUCCCUUGUUAUUCUCCCUCUCCCUCUCCCUUUCUCCUUCUACCCCAUCUUUCCACUCUCUCUCUCUCAACCAUGACCCUUUUAUCAGAGGACCAGUCAGCGAGGCCCCAACCCUGCCGGCUACCGGAGCCUGGCAAACACAUCAGCACUUCUUUGUACCCAACAGACUGCAUUGGCUCCAAAGAGUACUACAUGGAAAGUGAGGAGUGUGUGUUCGGAGCCGUAGAGCCCCCAAGGCGCUCAAGGGGUCGCCUCAUCCUCCACAGCAUGGUCAUGUUUGGAAGGGAAUUCUGCUACGCUGUGGAGGCAGCAUUCGUCACACCGGUACUUCUCAGCGUGGGCCUGCCCCGCAGCCUGUACAGCUUGGUGUGGCUGAUCAGUCCCAUUCUGGGCUUCCUGCUCCAGCCCAUCAUCGGCUCGGCCAGCGACUACUGCCGCUCGCCGUGGGGCCGGCGGAGGCCUUACAUCCUGGUCCUGGGCAUCCUCAUGCUGAUUGGAAUCACCCUGUUCCUGAACGGGGAUGCUGUCGUCUCAGCAAUAGUCAGCAACAGGUCAUUGAAGAGUACAUGGGCCAUAGUGGUGGUGAUGUUCGGAGUCGUGCUGUUUGACUUUGCUGCAGACUUCAUCGACGGGCCCAUCAAGGCCUACCUGUUUGAUGUGUGUUCACAUCGAGACAAGGAAAGAGGUCUGCACUACCAUGCUCUACUCACAGGUCUGGGCGGAGCGUGCGGCUACCUGGUAGGGGCUAUGGACUGGGGUCACUCUAUACUGGGCCAGCUGCUGGGCUCUGAAUACCAAGUCAUCUACUUCUUCUCAGCAUUGACCUGGGGCAUCUUCCUCACCAUGCACCUCUUCAGUAUACCAGAGCAACCUCUGAGCAAGGACCCACAUGCCUCCGAUCCCUCACCUCCCAAUGUCCUCCGCCUACUGGGCUCCCACAGCAAUGGUUACGGAGCUCUGGCUAAAGAGCCCGUCUCAAAUGUAGGUCCUGCAUCCAUCCCAGACCCCAGGCCUAGGUCUUUCUCUGCUCUGGGGGAGGCCAACUCAGUGACCUCCAGUGCCAAGCAGCCGAACAAGGAGGCCCAGAAGAGGAUGACGUUCAGGUCGAUGAUGAAAGCUAUCAUCAACAUGCCAAACCACUACCGCUACCUGUGUGUCAGUCACCUGCUGGGAUGGACGGCUUUCCUCUGCAACAUGCUCUUCUUCACAGAUUUUAUGGGACAGAUUGUGUACAAUGGAAAUCCUUAUGCAGACCAUAACUCCACAGCAUACACCACAUAUGAGAGAGGAGUAGAAGUGGGCUGCUGGGGACUGUGUAUUAAUGCUGCGUCCUCUGCUCUAUACUCUUAUGUGCAGCGUUUUCUCCUCCCAUACAUCGGCCUGAAGGGAUUAUACUUUGUGGGCUACUUUGUAUUCGGCAUGGGUACCAGCCUGAUUGGCCUCUUCCCCAACAUCAUCGCCACGCUCAUCCUCUGCACCGUGUUCGGCGUAAUGUCCAGCACGCUCUACACCAUCCCAUAUAACCUGAUAGCGGAGUAUCAGCGGAAGGAGGAGGAACUACUGAAGCUGCGAGGAAGCAUUGGAAGUCAGCGAGGCUGUGGGGUGGACUGUGCAGCCCUCACCUGCAUGGUCCAGCUGGCUCAGAUCAUUGUGGGCCUGGGUCUCGGCACUCUGGUCUACAUGGCGGGUAGUGUAAUAGUGGUGGUCAUCUCGGCCUCGACCAUGUCUCUGUUCGGCUGCAUCUUCAUCACCCUUUUCAUCAGAAAUGUGGACUAA